UUCAGCCGGGGGAUACGAAGAUUACAUUCUGUGGAUUUGACAACUAAGUCAAUGAGAAUGACUCGGUUAAAGCGUUUUGAUUAAAGUAAGUUGUACUUUCAGUUACUUAAAGCUUAACGGUUUUUGUGUCGUACUUUGGUGACGUUAACGGACACUUCGCGGUAUUCGUGGUUCAUGUCACUGUGACUGUCAUCUCUGCGCAAAGUCGCUUGUUGGACCUGUGAAAGCCUUAUGGAUAUUCGCCGAGUCUGAGAGCAACGGCGGAUUUUGGGAACCCAUCUUCAGCCGAAGUUGGAUAUCGUUUGUUAAUCACUGCAAUGACUGAGGCUUCAAAACCGCCAUCUGGGAGGAGAAUGAAGGCACGUGCCCCACCUCCGCCACCGCAGGCCCCUCAACCUGCUCCACGCCAUAUCUUCAGAAACACUGUACCUGAUGGGGGAGGGACAUCAGGCAUGGAUGCCAAGGAGAACAUGUUGAGGCCAACUGUGGGUUUUCGGCUAACACUACCACAGGGAUUUCAGACCUCUGUAACUGAGGAUGGCAGUAAGGCGCUGAUGGACCUGCUGGUUGAGCUGUGCAGCCGCUACCACCUUAACCCCGCACUGCACACGCUGGAGCUGCUGUCCCCAGAGGGCCACACUUUGGGGUUCAAGCCCAACACACUGCUGGGCUCCCUCAACGUGGCCUGCAUCCUCAUAAAGGAGAAAGUGUGGGAGGAGAAAGUGGUGCGCAGGCCGGCGCCCAAAGUGCCAGAGAAAACAGUGCGUUUGAUGGUGAACUACCACGGCACCCAGAAGGCAGUGGUGCGGGUCAACCCGUUGGUACCACUCCAGGCUCUGAUACCGGUCAUCUGUGAAAAGUGUGAGUUUGACCCGGCACAUGUCCUCCUUCUGAAGGACAGCAUCAGUCGCCACGAGCUGCCUCUGAACAAAUCUCUGACAGAACUGGGGAUCAAGGAGCUCUACGUUCACGAUCAAAGUCUAGUUCUCCAGCCUAAAAUGGCUUCUGCCCCUGCUCUAAACUACUCAGACUCCAUCCGUUCCAGCACUACCAGUUUGGGUAAGGCAGAAAAGAAAGGCCUCCUAGGUAUCUUCCAGUUCAGCCGGAGAAAAAACAAGACAGAGACAUCUAUGGACAUGGAUGACUGUGAUGAUAAAAUAUCCCAAAAUACAGACUCUCAAUCUAAUGGUCUGUCCACAGUGUCAGGGGUAGUAGAAGAUCGGCCCACUACCUUAGGCCAGUCUCAGUCCGUUAUGAACAUACUCCAGACAUCUCCUAAGGCAGAGACAAAGAAGAGGAGGGCUCCUGCACUGCCUGGGGCCCCAACACCCACCAUGGGACUCGCCAGCUUUGAGAGCUACCAGAUGGGCCUCGGCUCAGAAAGCCAGCAGAGGAAAAGAAAAGCUCCAGCCCCUCCUCCCACCCCAGCCUCCAUCACCCCAGGCCCUGAGGACACUUCACCCUAUGCAGCUCCCACCCCCAACAGCCCUGCUACUGAAACACCAACCCCAGUCAUACACAUGAAGGUGGAACAGUCAGCUGCCACCUCUGCUGCUACUGUGGUAACACAAACAGUAAAAACAGCCCCCAUGAAAACAGCAGAACCAUCUCUGCCUGUGUUCACUGACACCCCAAUUGCCAGCUCCCCAACCCCGAGCAGCAGCACCACAGAUAGUCAAGCAGUCCAGGAUUCAAGUUCAGAACUCAGCCACAGCCUUGAUGACUCAGAUGCUGACCUGGACCAGGCUGGCUCCCUCAGCACCCUCACUAGCAGCACAGUGAGCGGGUCCGUGCAGGUCCAGCCUGCUGCAAAAAGCACCAGCAGUAAGAUGGAAGAGUCGGAAACUACCAGCAGUGUGACUGGCAAAUUAAAUGAAGAGGCUACAUCAGCCAGCAGCUCCAGGUCUGAGACUGAGUCUGCCCUGAACCUGAAACUGGAUGAAGUUGAAAAUCAGAGACACAGCGCAAUGGGUUCUUCUGAUCGACCUGCGCCACCCAAACCACGCCGUUACCCAGCGCGGGAGUCCCCCCAGCUUGUCCUCCCCCCUUCCCCGUCCCCCCCUCCCAAUGAGCCCACAGAAAUCACCUCCCCAGAGAGUCCUGUGGAGGAAGCAGCUCCCCAGUCAUGGCUCCACUCAAUGCAGAGUGAAAUUGCAGGCAGCCAGAAACCAGAACCUGAAACACCCGAGGAGGAAACCAUGUCUCUGGGCAGCAGCAGCGGUGGCAGCAGCCUGCCUGACCAGGGUUACGCCGCCUCAGAGGGCAUGGCUGAGGGUGAGGACUCUGGCAUGAUCAGCUCUCCAUCAGACACCCAACCCACAUCUCCAGAUGGGAGUUUGUCUCUGGAUGGAAGCAGGGGUGAAAGACUGCUGGGACCAGUGCGAGACAACUCCAGUGACAGCGAUGAGGGGUGUGCCACCUGGGGAUCAAGACACAGACACAAUGACAGCAGCAAAAAGACAAAGACUGGAAAGAUAAAAGAUAGCUUUGAAGAUGACUCUGAAGUUACAGCUGAACUCCAUCAAACUUUGGCAGAUUUUGAAGCAGACCUUGCAGCCCACAUAGAUAUAUCUUCAGUGAAGAAGACUUCCUAUACAAUGUCCACUGACAGUAAUGAGGUUCCUGUGUCUGUGGUAGACAUGGAUGUGCCAGUCACAGCCAUAGACGAAGUCCUUGAGGACUUUGAAUACAAGACUGAAGAAAAAGAAGCAAAGUCACUCACCAGGACCAAGUCAACAGAAAGCAAAGGAUUUUGUCAUGGACCCAGUGCUGAGUCACAGAACAAAAACAACAAUGCUUGUACAGCAGCUGACAGUAAUAAAAGCAGCAGUGCAGAUACCAAGCAGGCAAUUCAAAAUGAGCAGAAGAAGACAACACAAGAGAACAAGUCUAAAAAGGCUGCAAAGACACAAGAGACAACAAAUAAAGAGGCACGCAUCGCUGACACAAACAAGGUCAAAGAGGAUAAACAUCAAACAACAUCAGUUGUAAAAUCUAAUGUUGACACACUGAAACUCAGCGAGAACACUGAUCCUGCAAAAAGUAACACUCAGUCUCUUCAUGACAACAAACCUGUUCUUCCACCAAACACUCAGAGAGCUACUGACAGAGAUGAAGAGAUGCACAGAGUCCUCCAAAAUAACUCCACCCCAAAUACAUCAUAUGGUAAAAUCACUCGCAGUGUGACAUCACGCUUUGGUAUGAACACUUUCACCGUGGUUCCUCCCAAGCCUCCGGUUAUCCAUGCUGCAGGAGACCCAGCUGCCUCUUUAACUGUCGGUGCCAUCAAGAUUGACGAUCAAGGAAACAUGGUGAAGCCGGGCACCAUCCCCCGGAACAAAUUUGGCAGUUCAUCAGAGUUGGGCAUUAAUGGCAGUGAGAGGUCUCCACUUCUUGGAAAAGCCAAAGCUUUUUGGAGCUCGAAUGAGAGACAAGAGAGCGCUGUUCCCAUCAACAAAGGUGUCAUUGAUAAAGCUAAGGAGAGCAAUGAUGUCCUUAAAAGUUCUACUGCAAUAUCAGACAGUACACUGAAGAUCAAGUACACUAAAGAAGACCUAAAAAUGACACAGACUCAGCUUAGUAAACCUGUAGAGAGCACUCAGCUGAAAGAGAUCAUUAAAGAAGAAGUUCAAGAACCGACAAAGGAUAUCAGUGUUGUCAAAGAGGAGCAGGUAGAGCUGGAGAGUAAGAUUUCACUGUCCAAAGGUCUGCAGCCAACUAUUAAACCUGCCAUUCCCCCUCCUAUUAUUCCUGACCUGAAGAAAGAUUUAUCCUUUCUCAAAGCAUCCAGACGAACCUCCAGCCAAUACGUUGUAUCUGCUAUAAAUAGAUACACCCAAAAGACCCCAGUUAAACCCAGCUUCACCCCCAACAUACAUGACUCUUCUGCCUCUCUGAAAACACAGACGUUUGGAUUCCAAAGGUCAGGCCGCUCCAUACAAGUCAAUCCACAACUGUCUUCCCAGACAUCAUUGUCAGAAAACAAGGAAAAUGAAUCUGCCUCCAAAUUUCCCGGUCCGAAAAGGUCCAUCAGCUACCCAGAGUACAUAUCAGACAGACAGAAAGAUUUUGAAGAAGUGAGAGUGGACAGGGAAGGAUUUCGAAGCUGUGUUGGAUCCACCAAAGGAAUAUCUCUUACACUGGAAACAGAAACAACCAAGAAUAUGCUCAUCCAGUCUAGUGGCCCCACCCAAAUAAAUGUGACGGCCAAUAAUGAAACAGAUGAUAUAAAACAUGUUCGUCCUAGAAGUCCCAGCCCUGCACAAAGGAGUCCUGUACGCUCAUCUGCCAAACCACCAACAGCACCCAAGACCGUUUCCCAAUUUCCACCACAUAACACAAAGGACAUGAUGAAGACGACAAACCCCUUAACGCCUGAUGUGAAACCACAACCCUCUGAAACAGUAACAGACAGUGCUGCAGCACCUCUGCCUCCAUCACUGACACUGUUCGGGCCGGUUAAAAAGUUCAAACCUGUGAUCUGUCGAUCUGUUGAGAAAGAGACGACUCUGCACAGCAGCCUGAUGGAAGCGAUCCAGACAGGCGGGGGCAGGGAACGACUCAAGAAGAUAACCACUUCCAGUCAGAGCGCCACGAAGAAAGCCUCUUAUGCUGAGGAGGAGAAUGAGAGGUCUGCUCUUCUGGCUGCCAUCAGAGCUUCAAGUAACUCAGGAAGGUUGAAGAAGACCAAAUCUGAGGCAGCUGAUGAGCUUGAGAAAUUCAGGAAGGCGUCUGAGGACGAGAGAAGCGCUGGUCCUCCCUCCUCCUCUCCAACCUGCACUUCUCCUCCUGUCUUCACCCCACCACCCCCACUGACGCCACCACCAGCGCCCAUGCUAGCACCUCCACCACCUCCCCCUGUCCUGCUCCAGGGGAAGCCAAGCACUGGGGCACAUCCCAGUGCAAACGCCCUCAUGGACGCUGCCUCGGCCAGGGAGGCGAUGCUGGAGGCUAUUCGCUCUGGUUCUGCUGCUGAGAGGCUAAAAAAGGUCGCUGUGCCCACAAAGACAGUCAAAGUGAACGGCCGACUGGGAACAAUCCAAGCAGGCUCCUCAACACUCCCUUAGCAGUGAGAAGAGGAAGACCACAUUACUGCAACAAGGAAUUAGUGAUAACAUUAAUGUCACUUUCAGAUUUUCAACCUCAUACAAAAGACAUUUACUUGCAUUUUGAGAUUUUUUUUAAGGUUUUAAUGAGUUUUUUUUUAUUAUACCACAAAUUAAGAAGAAUCAAAAGAGAAAGUGAAUCAUUUACACAUUUUUUACACAAGAUUGGUCAAAGACUGAUGUUUGGCCUUGCUUAAUUUAAUCCACUAAUCCAUAAGGACAUGGUGAAAUGUUAAAAGUCUUCUUUCGGGGGGGUGUUGCUCUCUUAGUAGCCAAAAAUCUGAAACAUCUGUGUCCUGGGUGAAAAUUUGCUGCUCAACUUGCCUCUAACAAAAGCUUGCUGGAGAAUUUCAAUGUCCAUCUUUAUGACAUAUAACACAAUUGUAAACAUAUCUUGCCAUCUGUACUUGAAUUUUAACUGGAAUGAUGUACAAAAUGCGUGCCAAUGAAAGAAAUGAGGAAGGCUUAUGAUACUUUCACAUCUUUUUUUAAGUUAAGGAUGCCUUAUACUGUUGCUCCUUCAGUGUUAUGUAAAUGAUGUUUGUUGUAAAAACUCUUUAUGGGGUGCAAUACGUUUGAUCUUUGAGUACCUCUUAAGAGAGAUGGAUGGUUUUUUUCUAAGUGUAUUAUUUUAUCAUAACCUGCUUCAUGAUGCCAACUUCUACCAUUCUAUAUUCUGAAGAGGAGUGAGAAGAUGGUGACUCACAAGUGCCUGCUAGCUCAAUGUGCAACUGCUAUGGCUUCUAACGUUUAAUUUUGCUGGUGUUUGAAGUCUUUUCAGGCACGGUCAGUGCCUUGCAGAAAUGUCUGCUUGUACAGAAAAAAGACUGGCAGUGCCUUUUAUGUUGGACAUGUUAGAAUGACCAAUAUGAACCUUCCUGUUGUUUUUUUUUUAUACAUUUCAGUUUUUUGAAGAUUAUGAGUGGUGAAUGACACCAUGAGUAAAGAGUUUAGUUUAGUAAUGUAUAAGUCACUACCAAUGUGGAGUGUCUACAUUAUACAACAAGAAGUUGUAGGUUUUCAGUGGCCUUGAUUUCAGGAAGUGGCAGUACUUUAAGAUCCUCCGUAGUUAAAGUUUACAAUGUGGUCCAGGUAGGUGUCAUCAUAUCAGAAACUUUAACUUUGAUUCAGUGCAGGUAAAAAUUAAAGACAAUGAUACCUGUUUGAUACCACAGCCAGAAAAAUACAAGUCGUAUCAGUCAAAGAUGCGUUAUUUCUUUCUUUGAUGAAGAAUAGUUGCAAAUGGAAGCACCAUUAACAUUCCAAGAGUGGAACCAGAGGAAGCCAGGGCCGUCCAGGACCUCCUCAUAUCUGAUUGGCCACCCCAAAAUCCUUUGGCUAUUUGCCUUGUCAGCUAUUAACUAGCCAUGUUAGCAUAUCCAGUCUUAACCUACAUUAGACUGGUUUUACUAAAUUAGAUAUAAGUGUGAGGUAUUUUGAAAGUAACUCCACCAUUCAUAUGUAUUUUUGUAUGUGGCCCCCAAUGGAAAAAGUUUGGACACCCCUGCACUAUGCUAUUGCUACAGCCGAGCUAAUCGCUACACUAGUCUCCAUUGCUAACAGGCUUGCAGCUACCGCCUUGUUAUCCUCAAAUGGGUCUGAGUGGUCAGGAUAAAAUCAUUUCAUAUUGGAGCUUUACAAGAUGAAUCUGCCUGAUGACAGACAUGGGAUCUGUCCUAUCCUUCGGCUUUUCAUUGUCAGGAAAACUCAAAACUGCAUUCCCGUCAGCAGUGUAAAGGAACUGAAACGGUGCCAGUGUGUUUGUGCAAUUUAGGCAGUGCUUCCUCUCUCUUUUCCAUUGAAUGGAUCAUUGACAGGAACACAUGACGUGGUAUCAAACAGUAUCAACAACCUGUAAUGUGGGGCAGCAAAGGUGCAUUAAAAGAGAGUGGGUCACUUCUAGUUUAAUUAUUGUUAAAUUAUCUUUAGAAUGAAGAAAACAUAUCCAGAUGUUAAUACACGCUGCUGUGGACUGUGUGUUUUUUUAAGUAAAAGAGCUCAAUUAAUAGUUAUAUGAAGAUAUAUAUUAUAAUAAUUUAUGUUCAGUUUCAACACUCAAAAAAAUGUUUUAUCCUGAGAAAAAGAAAGCAUUUCUGUUUGUUUUUAUUUGUAUUAUUAGAAGAGAUUAUUUCAUUUCUGCUUGGUGUUUUCACCUUCAUACACUAGCCUACAGCACAUUGUAGCUUUGUAUAGUUUUGUAAAGAAAGAUUUGAUAUAAGUCUUUGCAAGAGAGCUGGCACUGCUAGUGUGAUUGUUUUAUAAGCUAAUGCUUUCAAAGUUUAAAGUGCACAUUGUUUUCUUUUUUUUUUGGG